UUUUUCUUUCUUUUUGUUUGCAUCUUAACAGAACCCCUUCAUAUCCAAUCCCAAAGUCUCACCUUCUCUCUCCCUCUUCUUCUCAAACUCUCCCAAUUUUUUUCCAUCUCCAAAGGGUUUUGGAGGUGAUAUUAUUCAUUUUCUAAGGACUGGUCUCAGUGUUUUUUUUAUUGAGGCCUGUCCUUUUUUGUGUUUUUUUUUUUGGAAAAUAAAAUUGAUCAAUCCCAUGGCUCCUGUUUCAUUGCCUCCUGGCUUCCGAUUCCAUCCAACCGAUGAAGAACUCGUCGCGUACUACCUCAAACGAAAGAUCAACGGUCGGGAGAUCGAGCUUGAGAUCAUCCCUGAAGUUGAUCUUUACAAAUGUGAGCCAUGGGAUUUGCCAGGAAAGUCAUUGCUUCCUAGCAAGGAUCUUGAAUGGUACUUCUUCAGCCCUAGAGAUAGAAAAUAUCCAAAUGGGUCAAGAACCAAUAGAGCAACUAAAGCUGGAUAUUGGAAAGCCACAGGAAAAGAUAGGAAAGUGAAUUCCCAAUCAAGAGCUGUGGGGAUGAAGAAAACCCUAGUUUACUACCGGGGCCGAGCCCCGCACGGUGCUCGUACUGAUUGGGUCAUGCACGAGUAUCGUCUUGAUGAUCGAGAAUGUGAAGUCGCUUCUUCUGGCUUGCAGGAUGCUUAUGCACUUUGUCGUGUGUUCAAGAAGAGUGCAACCAUAGCACCAAAAAUAGAAGAUAAUCAUCCAUAUUCCAAUAUUACUUCAUCUUCUAACCACUUCAUAAACAGUAGUGACCAAUCUUCUGAACCAGAGAGUUCAAAUUAUUCUAUUCCAUUUGAUGCUUUUCAAUGUCAAUCCCAAUCCCAAUCCCAUUUGGUUAAUAAGGAUUGUAAUCCAUUUGACAUGUUUGCUGCAACAAGAGAAGCAAAAUGGUCUCAAUUCUUAUCUGAAGAAGCCUUCAAUAAUUCAGCUCCUUCAUUCCCAAGUUAUGCAAAUAUUCCAUACCCUCCUUCCAAGGUGGACAUAGCAUUAGAAUGUGCAAGGUUACAACACCGUUUCACUUUGCCACCAUUGGAGGUGGAGGAUUACCCUCAGUCCGGCUACUCCGAUCACUUCAAAACGCCGCAACCGACGAACCCCACCAUGCUCGGUGGUUCGAGCGAGGCAUCUACCGACAUAUUGCAAGAGAUUCUUUCAGUGGCUCAGGCCUCUCAAGAGCUUGCCAACCAAUCUUGUGCACUUGAUGCACCCACAUGGGAUGGAGGGCUUGCCAAUAAUAAUAAUAAUAAUAAUGUUUAUGCUUCUUCUAAUGAUCAAGACUUCACUUUCAUGGCUGCCAAAGAUGGCUUUCAAGACUGGAAUUCUGCUGUAACAUUUGAUGUUGAGAGCUCAUGGGAGGAUCCUUAUUCUAAGUGUAUAGAUGUUGGCAACGUCGGUGACGAUAUCCCCGUCGAGAACUUGAGAUGGAUCGGAAUGUCUAACAAAGAUCUCGACAAGAAUUGCAUGGAAGAUUCUAAGCUAGUUCCCAUAGAGAACAUUUCAAACUUCCAAAUUGAAGAUCAUCAAAAUCAACUUCAAGAUCAAUCUGUUGUGAUUAGUGGCGACAUGAACGAUUUCUCACUCGCAUUCAUUAACGAAGACGUCCCAAACGCUAACAACUAUGACAUGGAAGGAUCAGGCAAUACCAUGGCGAACUACUCGAUCUCUCCGAGUUUCGAGGUGGUCGAGGAAAUCAAAGUCAACCAUGGCCUAUUCAUCUCAACAAGACAAGUAGCUGAGACCUUCUUCCACCAAACAAUGCCUUCAGAGACUGUUAAAGUCCAAAACUUAAACUCUAAUUUCAUGGCACCAAAUUUCAUUAGUCUCCAUGAGAAAACUCCUCAAAAAACAGCCUCUUUUUCAUCUCUGAAAAAUCCAUGGAAUAACUUCCAAAGGAAAAUAGUUUCAAUUCUUGAACUUUUGUUGAUCUUCAUAGUGUAUUCUGAUGAAGAAGAAGAAGGAAAAGAUAAUAAUAAUAAUAAUAAUGGUGAUGAAGGUGAAAAUUUGUUAAGUGAAGAUAAAGAAUGCAGAUCAAAGGGGAAGAAAGGAGGAGCUUUGAACAUGAUUUUGAAGAAGACAGGGAUUUUAUUUAGCAUUGCUUCAUUGGCUAUUUGUACCAUUUGGGUAAAUUAUAUUUGAUUUUUCUUUUUCUUUUUUACAUUUUUUCCCUAUAAUCUUUAUACGAAUAAUAAUAUAUACAUUAUGUUGUAAGUGGGGAGGGCAGAACUUAGCUUUUCUCUCAACAUUUUAAUGCAAAUCGAUGUUUUCUAAA